AUGUCUGUUGUCAUUUCUCAAGAUGACAAGGCAAAGAUAGGUCUUGGAGUGCCUGCUGUAGGUCAGACAUUUCACACAUUGCAGUCAGUUCAUGAGCCUGUUUGUGUGGCUGAUCAUGAUUUUCCUAUAGGAAGUGGGCAAAA